AUGCUCUUCCACAUCUCUUUGCUAUUGCUGCUGCUACUGCUCCUCGUGAGUAGCGUCUUGGGCCAAAACUGCGGACCCAAGUACAACAAUCAGGUCUGCGCUGCCAACACUUGCUGUAGCCAGUAUGGAUGGUGCGAUACCGGCGCCAAUUACUGCGACCCGGCCACCUGUCUGAGCGCCUUCUCCGGCCCUGGAUCCAGCUGCGCCAAAAAGUCCAACCCAGUCACGACCACCUCCAAAACAUCAUCAUCAUCAGCGUCAACCGGCAGCACCACCACCACCUCAACGACGACGGCCACCCACACCUUCGCCACCACCGUCCCCGACAUCGACGUCUGCGGCCACGCCCAGGGCGGCGUCGCCUGCCCGGGCGCGGGCGCGCAGGGCUACUUCUACCGCUGCUGCUCGGCCGCGGGCCACUGCGGGCCCAAGAACGACAUCCAGGACGCGGCGCUCUACUGCGGCGACGGCUGCCAGGCGGGCUACGGCCGGUGCGGCGUCGCCGGCGUGAGCAAGCCCGCGGCGCCGUCGACGACUGCGCCGCGAGAGCCCGACGCCGGCGAGGGCGAGACGUGCGGGCCCAUCGUCGACAGGAAGUGUGCGGGCUCGCUGUGCUGCAGCGGCAGCAACUUUUGCGGGAGCGGCGACGACUUUUGCGGCGCCGCGAAUUGGUGCCAGCCGUCGUGGGGGAGCUGCGCGGGGAAGAGGACGGUGUAG